AUGUCGCUGUGGGGGGAGCCGCUGCAGGCCCCUCCGCCCUCCGCGUCCCAGCAGCUCCCUGUCGCGCCCCCGGGACUGCCGCUCCCCCCUUUGGCCAGCGCGACUCUCAACCGCCUGCAGGAGCCGCUGCUACGGAGGCUCAGCGAGAGCCUGGACCGGGCGCCGGAGGGCCGGGGCUGGAGGAGGCUAGCCGAGGUGGCGGGGAGUCGGGGGCGCCUGCGGCUCAGCUGCCUGGACUUGGAGCAGUGUUCCCUCCGGGUGCUGGAGCCUGAAGGAAGCCCGAGCCUGUGUUUACUGAAACUGCUUGGGGAGAAGGGCUGCACAGUUACCGAGCUGAGCGACUUCCUGCAGACGCUGGAGCACACGGACGCUCUGCAGCUACUCAGCCCCCCAGGAAUAAAGAUCAUUGUCAACCCAGAAUCCAAGGCAGUCUUGGCUGGACAGUUUGUGAAGUUGUGUUGCCGGGCAUCUGGCCAUCCUUUUGUACAAUACCAGUGGUUCAAAAUGAAUAAAGAGAUUCCAUAUGGGAAUUGUCCUGAACUAAUUUUUAAAACAGUACACGUCAAAGAUUCGGGAUUUUAUGUCUGUCGGGUUAAUAAUACCAGCACCUUUGAAUUCAGCCAGUGGUCACAGUUGGAAGUCUGUGAUGUCACAGAAAUUACUGAAAACUCUCGGAGAAGUUUGGACUGUGUCACUGAAUCCAAGUUGCAAAUCUGUGUUGAACCAACGUCGCAAAGGCUGAGACCAGGCAGAACACUGGUUUUACAGUGUAUUGCUGUAGGAAGCCCGAUUCCUCACUACCAGUGGUUCAGAAAUGAAUUACCAUUAGCGCACGAGACCAAAAAGCUAUAUGUGGUGCCGUGCGUAGAUCUGGAACAUCAGGGAACCUACUGGUGCCGUGUGUAUAAUGAACAAGACACACAAGAUAGCAGGAAGGUAGACAUCAUCCUAGGACGAACAGAUGAGGCAGUGGAGUGCACAGAAGAUGAAUUAAAUAACCUUGGGCAUCCUGAUAAUAAAGAGCAAUCCAAUGACCAAUCUUUGGCAAAGGACAAAGUUGCUCUUUUGAUAGGAAAUAUGAACUACUGGGAACACCCCAAGCUUAAAGCUCCUUUGGUGGAUGUGUAUGAACUGACCAACUUGUUAAGACAGCUAGAUUUCAAAGUGGUUUCAUUGUUGGACCUCACGGAAUCUGAGAUGCGCAAUGCUGUAGAUGAAUUCUUGCUCCUCCUAGACAAAGGAGUGUAUGGAUUAUUAUAUUAUGCAGGACAUGGUUAUGAAAACUUUGGAAACAGCUUUAUGGUCCCUGUGGAUGCCCCAAAUCCCUAUAGAUCAGAAAAUUGUCUGUGUGUGCAAAAUAUACUGAAACUGAUGCAAGAAAAGGAAACCGGACUCAAUGUGUUCUUGCUAGAUAUGUGUAGGAAAAGAAAUGACUAUGAUGAUACCAUUCCCAUCUUGGAUGCACUAAAAGUCACGGCCAACAUUGUGUUUGGAUAUGCCACGUGUCAAGGAGCAGAAGCUUUUGAGAUCCAGCAUUCAGGACUGGCAAAUGGAAUCUUCAUGAAAUUUUUAAAAGAUAGAUUAUUAGAAAACAAGAAAAUUACUGUGUUGCUGGAUGAAGUUGCGGAAGAUAUGGGCAAGUGUCACCUUACCAAAGGCAAGCAGGCCCUAGAGAUUCGGAGCAGUUUAUCUGAAAAGAGAGCCCUCACCGACCCAAUCCAGGGAACCACAUGCUCUGCAGAAUCACUGGUCAGGAAUCUUCAGUGGGCCAAGGCGCACGAACUUCCAGAAAGUAUGUGUCUUAAGUUUCAAUGUGGUGUUCAGAUUCAGCUGGGAUUUGCAGCCGAGUUUUCCAAUGUCAUGAUCAUCUAUACGAGCAUAGUCCACAAACCCCCUGAAAUCCUAAUGUGCGAAGCCUACGUGACCGAUUUCCCACUUGACCUAGACAUUGAUCCCAAAGAUGCAAACAAGGGGACUCCAGAAGAAACGGGCAGCUUCUUAGUUUCAAAAGAUCUUCCCAAGCACUGCCUUUACACCAGGCUCAGCUCGCUGCAGAAACUAAAGGAGCAGCUCAUCUUCACAGUAUGUUUGUCGUAUCAGUAUUCGGGAUUGGAGGAGACUGUGGAGGAGAAGCAAGAGGUGAACGUUGGAAAACCCCUCAUUGCUAAACUAGACAUCCAUCGAGGUUUAGGACGGAAGGCCUCCUUUCAGACUUGUCUUCUGUCUAAUGGUCCUUACCAGAGCCCUGCAUCCACCCCAGGGGUAGCCGGACACUAUCAUUCCUCUCAAGACCCCUUCCCCGACAUGUACCACUCCCAUGCCAGCAAUUCAAGCCGCACCAUGCCUCUGGAGAGCUGUCACUGUAGCAGGACCCCAGACCCAUUGACCUCCAGUUAUCGUACCCAUCAGUAUGCCUCCCAGUUUGGCAGCAGUAACGUCCCUGUGGAGACAACGGAUGAAAUAACAUUCAGUUUUUCUGACGGGCUCAGAAUUUCUGAAAAGUGA